AUGAAGUCCUUCGCUACCGUUGCCACCACCCUCGCCCUUACCGGCGCUGCUGUCGCUCUCCCCGGAGGCGGUAACCACCAGCACACUACCGUGACCGUUGGCCCAUCCGAGCCCGUCCCCACUCAGACCGGAUGCCCCACCGUCACCGCCACCGGCGAGCUGUGCGCCUCGUGCCCCAUCCCCGCCUGCCUCGUGAUCAGCACCAUCACUCAGAGCUGUGACUGCCCGGCCGCCAUCCCCACCGUCACCCUCGACUUCCCUUGCAAGGACAACUGCAAGGGCCUCUUCUGCACUACCUCGUACGAGACUGUCGCCGAAGUGUGCGAGCCCACGGAGACGGAGACCUGCACCGAUCUCCCCACCCCCACCGACGAGCCCUCGGAGACUUGCACCGAUGAUGAGCCCCAGCCCACCGAGACGUGCGAUGAUGACGAGCCCACUGAGCCCACUGAGAGCUGCCCGGAUGAGCCUGCUGAGCCCACCGAGACCGACGGGCCCGAUCCCACCCUUUGCAAGGGCAACUGCACUGGCCAGCCCACCCGCACCGGCACCAAGGGCCCCGAGCCCACUGGCGAGCGCCCCCUACUGUCAACGCGGCGGCGGGCGCCUUCGGCUCCGUAUGGAGUGUCGGCUGGCUCGCUCUUGGCGCUCUCUUCCUCUAAGCGAGGAUUGGGCGUGCUGGAUGUUUCGAGUCAUGGAUUAUGA